AUGAGACAUGAUAAUUCGUCAAAACAGACGUUGAAAUCGUCAGACUUACCUCCAGAUAUCCCAGCUAUCACUUUUGCAUCCGAUUUAGCUCAUAUUGUGGAAAGUUAUAGACCUGGAAAUCAUAAUAUAAGUGAUAUUCCUGAAGAAAUCCCUGUGUUUAAUAGACAAACGGGGAAGAUCAAACAAUUUUUAAAGAAGAGAUCAAGAUCAUUACAUAAGAAAAGAGUUACCAGUAUGCCUAUUAUCAAUGUUAAUCAAACCAAUCACGUUGAUGUAGUUAAAGAAUUACCCCAAGUUCCCCCUAAACCAAUUGGAAGAGAAGAAAGAAGAUCUAUUUCAAUGAGUAAUCCAUAUGCACAAGAAUAUCCAAAUUACAAUUAUAAUUCGAUAUUACAAUCAUACGACUCUGGUUCUGAGUCUGAAUCUGAAGAAGGUGAGAUCGAAGAAGAAAACUCUAUUCAAUUUAAACAGCCACCUAGAUUUAUGAGAACAAACGAUGAAGGUGAUGAAUCAAGUGUGUUUUCCAAUCCUGCAAGCAGUAUUUAUUCAUCCCAUUCUUCAAAUUUAUCUCAUGGAUCAAAUUCGGAAAGUAUCAUAGCAAAGAGUAUUUUAGAUGUGGUUCAUGGAUAUUCUUCCCCAACUGUUACAUCUGAUAAAUCAUCUAUAUUAUCUCGUAAUUUUGAUUUAGACAAUAUUUAUUCAAGUCCAAUAUCUGAUAUUGGUCUUUCAAGUCAUGAUGAAAUAGGGAGUUUCGUUGAUAGUUUAUUUUCAGAUUUAUCUCAUAUUAGAAAUGGAGAUUUUGAAAUCCCACCUCCACCACCACCUCAUACAGUUCCUAUCAUUACUCCAACUAUAUCAUAUAAUACUUCCACUACUCCAUAUACACCUCCUACUCCAAUUAUAGAUUCAUUUCCACCUCCAAUGCCACAAAAGGAAUUACCUAAGAAACCAAUAUAUACCCCCCAAUUACGAAUUCCUAAAUCAAGACCACAGAAGUAUGGAACUACCAUGACUCCAGCUAUAAGUAAUUCUCAACCUACAAUUCAUAGUAGUGUCUCAUUCAAAGACGAUCCUAAAGCAGAAAUCAAAGCUUAUGUUAGACAAAGGCCAUUCAGUUAUAGUUUAGAUGGACCAAAGCAAUAUAAAUUAUCCCGAUUUCCAUCCAUGGGUCAUAAGAAAGUUCAUCGAUUAGCAUCAGGAUCAACAUCUAUACCUACUCCACUUCCAAAAGAUGAUUUUCAACCAAGAAGAAUCAUGAGUGAACAAAUUAUUCCUAAUGCAAGAUAUCAAACCAGUCAAUUAGAGAUUAAACCUAAACCUCGAAAUGUUUCCAGCAAACAAGAUGUUAUAAAGAGUCAUAUUCAUCAAUUCGUAAUGAAUGAAAAAAGGAAGGAAAUCGUUAAUGGUAAGAAUUUACCCCGAGUUCCAAGUGAAAGAGAGAAUAGAUUUGGUAAACGGGGAGGACAUUAUUAG